GGGCACACUGGAGGGGUUCAGUCAGUCUCGUUCUCACCAGAUGGUACUCGCAUCGCGUCUGGUUCACGGGAUAACACUGUGCGGAUGUGGGAUGCAGCGACGGGACAGCCAUUGGGUGAGCCCUUGAAGGGGCACACUGGAUAUGUUUGGUCAGUCUCGUUCUCACCGGAUGGUACUCGCAUCGCGUCUGGUUCGGACGAUAACACUGUGCGGAUGUGGGGUGUAGUGAAAGUGCAGCCAUCCCCCAAGUCAAGAGAUCCAGAUUCCUCCACAUCUCUAUUGCAUCAAAGCACUGUACCUCCCACCCAAUUCCCCGAGUCAAGAAAGCCAGAUUCUUCCGCAUCUCCAUUGCAUCAAAGCACCGCACCUCCCACCCGAGAAAGCCAUGUCAUCCCAACCUGUAGCAAUCGCCUCGUUUCUUUUUCAUCCAGCUUGGAACACGCUCUGCCCAACCCCACUGACUUGCUCGAGCCCCCCUCUCACCACGAUUCUGAUUCAACCCCUUUCUUGCCGCAGGCUGAUGGAUGGGUGAUGGGACCCAAUCAUCGGCUC